AUGCACAGCCAGAUCCGCGGCUACAAGCCCGUCAUUGACUGGGUGAAAAACAGGCUGAACGCCCGCAUGCGCCAAUACCGGAAAAGAUCCCUCAAGAAAAAAAACCAUAGCAAAGUUAUUCAACGAUUCAAACUCACAAGGUUCGGCUGGCAGCGACUUCGCUCGGGAAGAAACGGAGAGAAGGAAAACUUGACCCACAAGCAGCUAAAGAGAACAAUGGGAUACACCUACGUGUCUCGAGACGACCUGUGGAAAUUUCGGUUUCAGCUGCCGAGCCACAUUCUCCGCAUCCGGGACGCUCCGAUUAAUCGCAACCCAAACAUUCGAAAGAUCCGUCGAUCUCUGCCUUCCUAUUUCGGCUGA